AUUUUUUAAUCUUUCAACGCCCUAAGUUAACUAAGUAUAGUUUCUUAAUGCUUUAAAAAGAAAACAGCAAAGUAAAAUAGUGUGGGGCAGUGCUCAAAUAAAACUCCUGAAUAUAUAAGAGCGCGGCCGCGAGAAUAUCGACGUGAGAGAAGAAUAUGCGCUUUCUGUUACGCCGAUGUUGAGUCGCGUCGGGUGUGUACUACGCGCUAGCCAAAUUAAAAAUAUCACCCUUCUCCUGCAACCUCUAGCAAAAUUUUACUAUGAUCAGCCAAGCUCUGCGAAAUGUGUGAUUUAUAUAAAGUGAUAUUUUAUCAUAUUACCUAACUGUCUCAAUGGGACGAUCGUGAUAUGGUUUUUAUCGCACUCAUUUUACUGGCCCUGAUCGGGCCCGCGGCCCUAGAACAAGACGAGGAUAUUCCGCAUAAUGAGGUUAGAAAUUGGGCGAUAAAGUUUGGUGUUGGGCUAUGGGAAUAUGGUAAAAUGAAAACUAAAAUGAAUGAGCUUCAAAGAAAAUACAGAGAUGUCGAAACAGCUGUCAGUAGAAAAGAUGGCCUAAUAUUAAUAAGAGAAAUGGCAACGGAAGUUAAAAAUAUGAUGGAUUUUAAGAAAAGUGCAGUUUUACGAAUAAUGGACUCAGCAGAACAAGCCGCUUUGGCCUGGCGUUCGGAUAAUAAUUAUGCAGCUCCACGGUAUUAUAAUGCUGAACGAUUAAACACUUUCGCCCCUGACGGACGUCCUGCAGAUGGAACACGUGAACUGAUACUUACUCCCAAUCCACACUUUGAUCAUCUGCCUGUAAACGUUAGCAUAAGUACAGUUUUGACUCCUGUAGGUGUACAUGAUACAGAUCCUGAGGUAAGCGGUGCGAUUCAGUGGUCAGCGCAUUUGGAUCCAUUAUUUGUUAGCAACUAUGAGGGCGACCCGUCUUUAUCUUGGCAAUUUUUUGGCAGUUCUAAUGGAUUUUUACGUCGAUAUCCGGGAAUAGCUUGGCCUCCUGAGGAUAUAUCAACUUUACAAGAUUCCCAAUCGGUCAAAAGGCCGUAUGAUUUUCGGUCAUCUUCGUGGUAUAUUGGAGCCGCUACUUCCCCAAAAGAUAUUGUUGUACUGUUAGACACCUCUGGUUCAAUGAGUGGCCACAGAGCAAAUUUAGCUCGGGGUACAGUCGAAGCAAUAUUGGAUACUCUCACUGAUAAUGAUUUUGUAAAUGUAUUCCAAUUCUCUGAUAUAACCAAGGAAACUUUACCGUGCUUUAAGGAUCAGCUAGUUCAGGCAACUGAAGAAAACAUCGAUUGGCUCAAAAACUCUCUUGGAACCCUAAAGCAAGAAAAUAUUGCCAACUUUACAUCUGCACUGAUAACAGGAUUUGAGAUACUACAUAAGUAUAACCGCACCGGUCAGGGAUGCCAAUGCAACCAAGCAAUUAUGUUAAUUACCGAUGGUCCAUCUUCAACUUAUAAAGACAUAUUUAAGAUUUAUAAUUUUCCUCAUAGACCAGUACGUCUUUUUACGUAUUUAAUUGGAUCUGAAUCUGGAAGUGCAACUGAAAUGCACUGGAUGGCAUGUGAGAAUAAAGGAUACUACUCAAGAAUUGAAACAUACAACAACAUAAAUCAGGAGGUUCUUCACUACAUUGAGGUUAUGGCUCGGCCAAUGGUUAUGUAUCAAAACGACCAUCCAAUACAUUGGACACCAUCUUAUAUUGGAGGACGAGCUGAUAGUUUUUCCGAUGAUAAGGUUGGUCAGCUAAUGACAACAGUCUCAGCUCCGGUGUUUGAUCGAAGAAAUCAUUCGAUACGGCUGGCCAAUGUUCUUGGCGUAGUUGGCACGGACGUUUCAGUAGAUCAAAUUAAGAAACUUGUUCCACCUUACAAGCUUGGGGUAAAUGGAUAUUCAUUCAUAGUGGAUAAUAAUGGUCAUGUCCUUUAUCAUCCUAAUUUAAAAGCACUGAAAAAUAGUGACCAGUAUGAACAAACCCUUAAGCCUCAAUACCUCUCAGUUGAUCUUUCGGAAGUUGAACUGAUAGAAAACGAAAGCGGUCCUCGAGAGAACCAUAGUGCUCUACUCGAUCUCCGACAAGACAUGAUUAAUCAAAAAGAAGGAGAAACUGAGCUUACUUUAAAAGUGCACUAUGAUGAAAUGCGUCGUGUUACUACUAGGCGUUACAAGUACUUUUAUAAUCGUAUUGAAGGAACACCAUUCUCCUUAGGAUUGGCAAUUCCUGAAGGUUAUGGAAUGUUUGAAUUAUUAGCUGAACAAGAAAUAAAGCACAGUCAAAAAAAUGUUACAGAAUAUUUUAGAGGAAAUAAUUGGCGCGUUCAUCCAGACUGGGUGUACUGUGAAUAUACUAGUGGUACUUCAGGAGAGCAAUUUUUCAAAACAGCAGAAGACCGAGUUAAGCACUUUCUUUCACGGACACGUCGACCUGGAUGGAAGUGGAUGUCCUUACGGCCAAGAUCGUCUAGUUCUCAAAGGGAGCAUCACCAUUUUUCUGGAAAACAAGAUAAGGAUGCUUAUUAUUGCGAUAAAACACUACUUCAGUCUUUAGUGCUUGACGCUAUGGUAACGGAAAGUCUAGAAAAGCAUAGACCUCGAAUGGAAGAUAAGCACCCUAUUGGCACACUUUUGGUACAAUUACAAAGCCAAGGAUAUGAUAUUUAUGGAAGCAUUAUGUCUUUUGUCGCAACGAGAAGUGGGCUUCUUCGUUGGACCUUGUUCGCAAAUGCCACUGAAGAUCCUUCAUUUAGUCAACGAAAUGCCCGAGCUAUUGAUGAAUCCUGGUACAAAAGGGCUGUUGAUCAACAUUCGGUGGAACCAGAGAGUUUUGUAUUCUCUGUGCCAUUUGCUGAGGGUCAUCCUGGUGAGGCAGAAAAUCAUAGUAUUACGCUUACUGCAACGCAUGCUGUUUUCGUUGAGUCAAAAGGUCAUCGAGCUCCAGCCGCGGUGGUUGGACUUCAGUAUGCUCAUGCUUCUAUAGCUGCGCAUUUUCUAAACAUUACAUCGAAGUGUACGUCUACAUGCAAGAAAACCUGUGCUAGUGAUCAACUAGAUUGCUACGUCUUGGAUAAUAAUGGCUUUAUUAUUAUUUCUGAAAACAUCGAACAUACUGGCAGAUUUUUUGGCCAAAUCGAUGGAACAAUAAUGGAUUCAUUGGUACAGGAUCGGAUUUAUAAAAAAGUCUCUGUAUACGAUUAUCAAGGGUCUUGCUCAAAUAAUCGAAACUCUUUCACCGGAAAAGGCUCAAAAGUGCAGCUUGCAGCUCCAGUUCAAUAUACAUUUAAUUUUAUUUUUCAACUAUUGGUAGUCCUGGUCUCAAAGCUAGAAAAAGUAUAUGCUACAGCAUUUGCAUAUUCUCAAGAAGAAGAUGAAAUAAAUUAUGACUACGAUUAUCCUGGUGGGGAUGAAAUCAUAAAUAUUCAGAACCCCGUCCCUGCCCCUCCAGUGGAUUUCAUACCACCAUUUGAGUCGGAUCCUCUUGAAGGGGUGGAUCUUGGUCAGUGGGGCACUCGGUCUUGCGAUCGAAAAGUGGAACUUUAUGUUUUACAACCUGAAAGGCUUAAUACAAGUGGACAAAAUAAUCCUCUAAAAGGAAAACUAACAAACUGUCAUAUCACGGGAUGUGAGAGACCCUUUAGUGUCCAGAAGAUUCCACACAGCAAUCUUAUACUUUUGGUUGUGGAUACUAUGUGUCCUUGUGGAAGCAAGCAAUUAAGUAUUGCACCACAAGAACUUGCUUAUGAAGUUAAAGAUUCGAAUGGUUGUACGCAUCGCCCUCGACCUAGUCUUCAUCGAAACCGACCCUUAAAAUGUAUUAAUUAUCAUCCUGAGGAGAUAGAAAUUCACAUCUGCGGCAGCAGCGUAACAUUAAAAUAUGGUCGUAAUUUAAUGUUAAGUUUAGGUAUUAUUGUAUUGUUAAUUUCAUAUAUAACGUGAUUGGAAAUAAAUGUAAAAUAUUAGCUUUUAAAUACUCUCUGCAUUUAAGUAUGCUAAAUGUAAGAAGUAAAAUAGGUGCGUAAGUGCGUAUUAAGUUUUUUAUUUUAGCUAUAAAUCUUUACGGGCCUAUGAGAAAACAAAGAAGCACAUUUUUAUUAUAUUAUUAAAAUAAGUCUUAUUUAUUCAUAUGCCCAUUCAAUAUAAUAGCAAUUUUGUAAUAUCCUUAGUAAAUUAUACAUAUUAUAUACAUAUGAUAUAGUAGAUUUGUAUAAUGCUCAUAUCAUUUUUAAGAUUAGUUACAUGUUUAGAAAAUAUGGCGGAAUUUCAGUUUUAUAGGUAUCCACUGUUAAAUAUUUUGCCAAAUGUAUAUAUUUAAUAUUGAAGAUUCAUUUAAAAUGAAUUGUUUAGAAGAACCAGUAUUUUAUAAUGAAAUUAAGAUUUAUUGUAAGGGAAGAAUGGGGCGACAAUAAUAGGCUUGCAAUUUAAUUUUGUUUACAUUUUUGUGUAAUAUUUACCUAGCCAAUUACGUUAUUAGUAAUUGUAAAAUGUAAAUUAAAAUGACGAAACCUUUAAUAAACUGCAUAAAAAUGAAAUGUUUA